AUGCCUCUUCGCCAGGAGUUGCUGAAGAGACUUUUAUUCAUUAAUUGGAGGUCUCCUAGACCACCUUUCCUAUACGGGCGUUCUCAACCAUGGCCGUGGGCCCGUCGCAUUCAUCAUGCGGUAGUUUCUGGCCACAAACGACCGCCUAUCUCAGAAUCGGAUCAUGACAGCAUGAAGAUAACGGCAGGGAAUGUGAAUGAGGCUGAUAUAGUUUCUCGGGAUUACCUGGCGCAGCUCGAACACAGUUCAACGCUUCUUAGAUCCUCAAGGCGUAUUUCGACGAAGCAGCUGGACUGGCUUAAUUCUAGAUGGUGCCAACUUGUCACCUGGCUUAAUAGAGUGACUGAUCAUAAGAUACCAGUUUCUCCUACACAUGAGCGACAGACAAAUCCAGAAUCUCAACAUCCGCGCAUAUUAGAUGAAGAUUUCCAGAUUAUUCUGCAAGGUCUCUCUGACAGAACUUCUUGUUAUGGACAAGGUCGCGAUAAGCUUCGGUGGCAGUUUCUAUGGCCAGAAUUUAUGGCAAAGUUGAUAGUUUACCAUCUUGAUCGAGCUCUGGAGGUCUUGGAGGCGAUAUUAGAGACGACGUCGACUGCAUCACCGAUAUUUUUCUCUGCCAUAUCCGAUACCCUACAUUGCAUCAUUGUCCAUGAUUUUAAGUUAGAUCAUAAAAAAUGCCCUUCAGAUAAUGCCAUUCGAAUAUGUCGGUUUAUUCUGGGUCUACCGCCCAGCAUGUUCCAACCGCUCAGUAACCACUCCAUGUUCAUCCUACUCUCUCAUCUACCCCGAGAAUACCUGGUUCAGCUCUAUACUUUUAUUUCCAAUACUGAUAAACAAGAACUUUCAUCGUGGACACUCAUGCACUUUAUAUCAAGACUUGCCAAGCUUGGGGAGGUUGAUAUGGCUUUUGAAGCUAUGCAAAAGCUUAUGAAGUCUGGCUGUUUGAUUAAUAGACAGAAUGUGCUUAGCUUAUGCACAUCUCUUCUAUACGAGUCUAGCCUAGCUGCGGGUACGAACUGUAACACGUCAAUGAUAUUUCAGUACAUGCUUAAGUCAGGAGUGCGGCCUAAUAUUUUCAUCUACAAUGUGCUACUGUAUAGUACGAUUAAAAGUAUUGAGCCAAAGAAGGCAUGGGAUGUAUAUUAUGUGAUGGUCGAUUCAGGUAUUCAGCCUGAUACUGUGACCUACUCAAUACUGUUAAACGAUGCUAAGAAACGAAUGGAUUCCGUUGCCAUGCAGCGGAUUAUGAAUAUUAUUCGAGAAAGUGGUCAAACUAGCGAAUACAUUGUAACGGAUGUUCUUCACACAAUUUUGCUCCUGCACCAAAGGAUGAUGUCAAAGAAGAGACCAGAGCUUGAGUCAGCGCAUAGUCGUCAUGUUGUAUUUGAUAAGAUGCUAGAGGUUUAUGUAGAACACUAUGAGCUAGAGCCCUUGACUCACAUCAUUCCAGGACUUUCCGAGGUCUAUCCGCUCCCAAAUAGGCUGAGGACAUCAAAUCCGCCGUGGAUCCCUACUUCUGCCGUGUUAAGCGUCAUGCUCACGGGCUUUCUCAGUGUAGUUAGUGCGCAUGGGGCUAAAAUAUUCUAUGAAAACUUCAGGGAGCUCGUUCGCAAUGGCGACCCAGCUGUAGCUUCGCUGGUAAAGAAUACCUACGUUUAUAAUAAUAUUUUGAUGUGCUACUAUAAAUAUGAGGAAAGAGCAAAGGAUGCGCCCGACGUCAUAGCCGAUAUGAUUUCGCCCACACGCAAUGAUGUAGGUGUGGCAUCAGUAGGUAAUAGAGCGGCUCAUACACCCGCCAAGCCUGACAUCUUUACAUGGUCGAUUCUCGUCAAGAUAUUUAUGCGUCUGCAACUUACACGAGCGGCAGAGCGGGUAUUAAUCAUGAUGCAGCGCCGAGAUAUACAGCCGGAUAAUAUUACCUGGACGAGUCUUAUUUCAGGCUAUUCACGCAUUCAGAACGCCAAGAUGACGGGAGACGCCGUACGUCGACUUAAGCUGGCGGGCUACACGCCCGAUGACUUCGUCUACCGGUCAAUUGCGAGAGUGUAUCAACAGGAUCGACUCUUUCGCGCUAUGGCCCCGGGCGAAUCGAUGACGGUGGCGCCACCCACAUCAACAUGGAUAGAGAAUCUUAAAAAAGACAUAGCCCAAGGCUUGUCCGCGCGCAAGAUAGAGACGGAGUGUGAACAAGGAGUUGAGGAUGAGGCACAGGGCAAAAGCGAAGCAGGGCGUACAGGCUAA